AUGCUUCAUUAGACUUCAGAAUCUCCUCAUAAAUAGACCUCAAAACGAUUUGCCUUGAAAAAAGAAAUACCAAUUUUAAAACAAUUUCGAAAAAUUUACAAACAAUAUAAUUAAAAACCUCAUCCUCACUUAAUCUAAAAAGAGACUACAAAAUAAUAAAUAAAAUUAGCAGAAUUAGAAGUUGAGCGUCUUUCGAAUUCUCUCACACUCAACUUUGAUAUCUUUUCAAAUAGAAAAAUCCAAAAUGAUUAAAAUAAAUCUAGCAAUGAUGAUUCUGAAUAUUCACCAUUUUCGUAAAACACUUUUAGCGAAGAAACAAUAUUAAAAGAACAACACUAAAAAGAAUUAGAUUUUAACAUGCUUUAUUAAAUUUAUUUAGAGAAGUAAUUUACAGAAGAUAAGAAAUAAAGAUGUUUAGAAUGGCUAUCGAAAAUUUGA